AUGAAUUCUCCUAACUUCCACCUGAACGCACUUUCCCACCUCCGUAAGCCGGUGACCAACCCUCCGGGUAAACUGGUAAGCCAGUGUACGGCCUUCCGAGAUGUUAACCGGGUAAACGGAUAAGAAAUCACCUCGGUACCGCUGGCAUCACUACCACUACCCCAUCGGUAGAUGCAAGAUCUGCGCAGCGGAUACUACCUGAAAGACUGUUACUGCCAAUGGAUUUGCAACUAACACUACCGCUAGUAGCAGUGCCACUGUUAGUGAAAAGACAUACUGCGGAUGCGGGCAAUGCUUCUACUACUACUAAUACUACCACUAUUAUUACUAACAAUACCAAUAGUAUCACUACGGAUACUACCACUACUACUACCAGCACCAAUACUACUGCUACUAAUACCACUACUAAUAAUACUACUACUACUAUUACUACUAAUAAUAAUACUACUGCUACUACUACUGCUAUUACUACAAUUAAAACUACUAGUAUUACUACUACCAACACCACUACUAAUACUACUGCUAAUACCAACAAAACUACUAUUACUAAUGCUAAUAAUACUACUAAUACUACUACUGUUAAUACUACUUUUACUAACACUAAUACUGCUAUUAAUACUACCAGUACCACUACUACUACUACUAAUACUAAUAAAAGUAAAAUUACUACUACUAAAAAGAAAUCAAAUAAUACUACUACUACUACUGCUACUACUAUUACUACUACUACUACUACUACUACUACUACUACUACUACUACUACUACUACUACUACUACUACUAUUACUGCUAUUAACACCAAUGCAAAUACUACCACUACAACUAAUAUUACUAACACUACUACUACUACUAUGACAACUACUACUACAAUUACUACUACCGCUACUACUACUGUUAGUAACACAACUACUAAAACCACUGCUAAAACUAAUGCCACAAAUACAAAUACUACAACCACCACCACUAUUAAUAAAAUAACCAACAGUACUACUACAACUACCAGCACCAAUAAUACUGCCAAUAAUACCAUUAAUACUAUUGCUAAUGGUACUAAUACUACUACUAGAAAUACUACUGAUACUACUAAAACUGCGGCUACUACUACCAAUAUUACUACUAUUAUUACCACAAUUACUACUAUCAAGAAUACUACUACUACAACUACUACUACUACUCUUCUACUACUACUAUUCUACAACUACUACUACUGCCACCACUACGAUUAUAACUACUACUACCACAACCAGCAAUACUACUACUGCUAUCACUACCAAUACUACUAAUACUACUGCUGCUAAUGCUACGGCUACUACUACCACUAUUACUACUAUAACCGACAUUACUAUUAAUAUUCAUAAUACAACAAUUACUAAUACUACUACUACUAAUACUACUACUACUGCUACUGCUACUACUUCUACUACUACAAUUACUAUACAAGCACCACUACUAUUGCUACUACUAACAAUAAUACUACUACAACCACUAGUACUACUUCUACUAAUACUACCACCGCUACUACUAAUACUAGUACUAAUAAUACUGUUACUGCUACUACUAAAAUGACCGCCAUACUGCUACUAAUAAUACUACUACUAAUUCCACUGCCUCUUAAAUACUACCACUACUACUACUACUACUAGUACUACUACUACUGUUACUAACACGACUAAUACCAUGAAUACUACUGCGAAUUCUACUGCUAAUACUACCACUACUACUACUACCAUUGCUACCACUACUACUACCACUACUACUAAUACUACUACUACCACCACCGUUACUACUACUACUGCUGCCACCACCACAACCAUACUACUUACACUACUACAACAACGACUACUACCACUACUAAUACCACGGCAACUGCUACUGCUGUUACCACCACUACUUCUACUUCCACCACCACUGCUAAUACUACUAACAAUAAUAAUACUACUACUACUACUACUACUGCAACGAACACUACUACAACUAAUAUUAGUACUACUUCUACUACUUCUAUUCCUAGUAUUAAUACUACUACUACUACUACUACUACUACUACUACUACUACUACUACUAUUACUACUAAUACUACUACUACUUAAACCACCACUGCUUCUACUAACACCAGCAAUACUACUAAUAAUUCUACAACAAAUAUUACUUCUUUUGCUACCGCUGCUAUUAGUGCUACUACUACUACUACAAAUACUACUACUAAUUCUACAACAAUUAAUACUUCUACUACUAAUACUAGCACAACUACUGCUUCUACUGCUAGUAAUACUGCUACACCUGCUUAUAAUUCAACUUCGCUGAUGACGCCACGACUACCAAAAUCAAUAAUGGAAAUAUUAAUAUUUGUAGUAUUUCGACUAAGACUACUACUACUACUGCUACCACUACUACUACUGCUACUGAUAAUACUUUUAAUAAUAAUAAUACUACUACUGCCCCCACCACCGUAAUACUACCACUAAUACUACUACCAUUAGUACUACUGUAACUACCACUACAACUACUACUAACACUACUACUACUACUACUAUUACUGCUACUAAUACUACCAACAGCACGUUUAUUUCUGCCGCUACUAUUAUUAAUACUACUACUUAUACUGCUGCUACUACUACUACUACUACUACUACUACUACUACUACUACUACUACUACCAAUACUACUAACACCGCUAAUAAUAUUUCUACUACUACUACUAUUAGCACGGCUACUAAUACAAUGGCGGCUUCUUCUAACAAUAAUACUGCUAUUAAUACCACUAUUAAUACUAUUGCUACUACUACUACUAGUAAUAAUAAUAAUAAUAGUACUACUACUAUUACAACUAAAACUAAUACUACAUGCACCAAAACUACUGCUACUACUACCACUAAUACUACUACUACCACUACCAAUUCAAGUACUACUACAACAACUACUACGACAUCUAUCACUACUUCUACUAGUAUUACUACCACUAAUGCUACUACGAGUACUACUAUUUAUGCUACGAACAUCGCUACUACUACGGCUGCCACAACAAUCAUACCACUACCACUAAUACUACUACUACCAUUACUAACAGAAAAAUUACUGCUACUGUCAAUGCUACUACUACUACUAAUACUACUACUACUAAAACUACUACUACUACUUCCACUACUACUAAUACCGCUACUACAACUGCUGCGACCACCACCAUAUUACAUCUGCCACUACUACUAUUACUACUACUACUACUAUUACUACGGAUACUACUAAUACUUCUACUACUACCACGGCAAAUAUUAUUGCUAUUACUACUGCUACUGCUAAUACUACAACCAAAUGCAUACGACUAGCACUAAUACGAACACUACUACUACUACUACUACUCCUACUACGCCUAAUCCUGCAACUAUUAAGAAUAAUACUACUACUAAUACUACUACUACUAAUACUACUAGCACUGCUAAUUUUGCUAGUACUAAUACUACCAAUACUACUGCUACUACUACUACUGCUACUACUAAUAAUGCUACUACUAGUAAUACUAAUUCUACUAACCCUACCACUUCUACUAAUACUUCUAACACUACUACUACUGCUACUACUACUUCUACUGAUACUGCUACUACUAGUUUCAAUUCUGCUACUACUUCUACUACUACUACUAUUACUAAUACUACUACUUCUACUACUACUACUAUUACUACUACUAAUGCCACCGCCAGUAAUAUUACUGCUACCACCACCACUACUACUUCUACCACCACCAAUACUUCUAUUACCACUAUUACUACUUUUAGUACUGCUGCUUUUACUGAUACUGCUACUGCUUCUAAUACUACUACUCCUACUUCUACUACUAAUAACACUACUACUACUACUGCUACUAAAAAUGUUAAUACUACUUAUUCUACUAGUCUUAAUUCUGGUACUACUACUACUACUACUGCUAACACUGCCAACGCCAGUUCUACUACUACCACGACCACCAAUACUACUGCUACCAAUAUUACUACUUUUAUUACUGCUGCUAUAAUGGCUACUAAUGUCACUGCUGCUACUACUAUUACUGCCCAAAAUAGUAUUGCUAUUACUACUUCUACCCCUGCUACUAAUGCCGCUACGCUGAUGGCACCAAUACUACCAAUAUUAUUAAUGGUACAACUACCUAUUUUAAUAAUUCGACUAACGCUACUACCUCUAAUACUACUACUACUACCACUACUACUACUACUAAUUAUACUGCUGCUCCUACUUCUUCUACUACGACUUCCACUAAUACUACUAAUCCUACCACAACUGCUGCUACUCCGAAUACUAAAUAUUAUACUACUACCACUACUACUACUAAUACAACCACUAUUACUCCCAAUACUACAACUAACACUACUGCUUCUUGUAAUUCUACUACUAAUACUACUACUAAUACUACUACUAAUACUAACUAUAUUUCUACUCCUAAUUCUACUACUACGACUACUACUAUUACUACUAGAACUACUAAAACUACUACUACUACCACUGCUACUACUACUACUACUGUUACUACUACUCCGAAUACUGCUACUACUACUAAUACUAAUACUAUUGCUGUAUAUACUACUCCUACUCCUAUUCAUACUACUACUACUACGACUACUAGUACUACUACUACCAAUACUACUGCUAAUACUACCAAUAGUACUCCUAAUACUACUACUACCGCUACUGCUUCUAGUACUACUACUACUACUACUACUACUACUACUACUACUAAUACAACUACUACUACUACUAAUACUCCUAAUAAUACUACUACUACUAAUAAUAAUAACUAUAUUUCUACUACUAAUUCUACAACUACGACUAGUACUACUACUACAACAACAACUACUACUACUACUAUUACUACCACUACUACUACUUCUACUACUACUCCGAAUUCUGCUACUGCUAAUACUAUUACUACUACUACUACUACUACUACUACUACUACCACUAAUACUACUACCAAUACUACCACUAAUACUCCUAAAACUACUACAACCGCUACUGCAUCUUCUACAGCUAAUUAUACUACUACUGCAACGACUACUACUACUAACUCUACUACUUCUCCUACUUCUACUACUACUACUACUACUUCUAAUAAUACUACUACUACUUCUACUACUAAAACUACUGCCACUACUGCUAAUACUACUACUACUACUACUACAACUACUAAUAAUACUACUAUUACUAAUACCUCUACUACUACUCCUCUUUAUAAUACUGCUACUACUACUAGUACUACUAAUACUACUACUACUACUACUACUAUAUCUACUACUCCUAUUUCAUCUAGUACUAGUACUACUUCUACUACUACUACUACUACUACUACUAAUACCAAUGCUACUACUGCUACUACUACUUUUACUACUACUACUACUACUACUAUUACUACUACUACUACUACUACUAAUACUACUACUACUACUACCACUAAUACUCCCACUAAUAAUCCUAACACUACUUAUACCGCUAAUACUUCUACUACUACUACUACUACUACUACUACUACUACGACUACUACUACCACUACUACGACUACUACUGCUACUACUACCACUACUACUAAUUUUACAACUAGUACUACUACUACUCCUGUUUCUACUACUGCUACUACUACUACUACUACUAGUGUUACUACUACUACUACUACUACUACUACUACUAUUACUACUUCUACUGCUACUACUACUACUACUGCUAGUACAAAUAAUGCUGCUACUCCUACUACUACUACUAGUACCACUAAUACUACCACUACUGAUCCUAAUACUACUACUACCGCUACUACUUCUACUACUACUAAUAGUACCACUACUACUACUACUUCUACUUCUACCACUACUACUACUACUACUACUACUACUACCCCUACUACUCCUCAUGUUUCUACUACUACAACUACUACUACCUCUACUACUUCUACUACUACUUCGACUACUACUACUUCUACUACUACUACCACUACUAUUACUACCACUACUAA